CUUAAAAGAAAGCACUUUGUAUGGAGUGUCCUCUGAUGUUUAUUGUACUUGGUACCUGCAGGUGUCAGGACCACUACAGCGGAGUUGUGAUUGCCCACACUAUACAAAAAAAAAUCGUUUCCCUGGGACAAAAGAACGACUGAUUUACCAGGAAACAUCAAGGCACCUAUCCUACAAAUCAACAAUCACUUCGAUAUCAUGGGCAUAUUCGACUGGCUGCCGCUAUUUAGGAAGGAAGAAAAUGCUGACGAAAUCUCAAAGAAGAAUUACUGUUAUCACAUUGAAGGGUUUCUAUCAUGUGCGUAUUUCCAUGCAGCGACAGAUGUCGGUGAUCGUUUGACAGAUAAGAUGAAGGAUGUUAAAAUCGACGUCAGCGCUUAUAUGAAAGCACAGUGGCAGGAUCGCUUGAACCAACUACAACAGGAGCUAAAAGCCGGGUAUCAUUCAACUUCCCCAUUCAUCUAUGAGGGCUGUUCUGGGAAUGAACUCAAAUUUGUAGGCGGCUAUAGUGACUUUGCUAGACUUGCGCGAGAUCGUCACCGUAUAUCGGUCCCAUUAGACUGAAAGCCAAAAACAAAAACUACACAAUAGAACUGUAUAGAAACUUUGUAUCAUAUAAAAACCUUCUUCUUUUCGAU